AUGAAUGAUGAGCACGCAGAAGAAAUGCCGUUUGCUGCAGACGAGUUCUUGACGCCCAACUACGUGGCGAGGGCGGACGACCGCCCCUUUGGUGUUGGCGUGGCGCAGCCGCCUGAUCCUGCGAUACCGACCGCCGACGGCCCUUGUGGGGCUCGCCUGGGACCCGCCCGACCGAUUCCCUCGCCCGGCGCCGUGCACAGCGGCCUCUUGUACCUCUGUUUCCCUCAGCUGCCGGCCCCCGGUCCUCUUACCCUCCCUCAAUUCGACAUCCUGCAGCUGGUUGCAGCACUCGACAUAAUCAGACACGGCCAGGUACAUCCAACCCACGUCUUCCUCCUCGGCGGAGACCUCGCAAAGGUGCUCCGUGGCCAAGAUGAAGUGGCGCGCGCCGCUGUCCAGGAUGCUGGGGUUGCGGUCCCGUCGAGAGUUAGGCAAGGACGGCACGAAGAUGUCAAGCGGUGCGGGCGCGGGCUACCAGAGGUGAGCUUCCGUGCGCGGAUGGUCCUGCGGCGGGUGACAGCUAGGAUGCCAUACUUUGGUGCGCUCAGGCUUGGCGACGAGGCGGAGGAACAGAAGUGA